UCUCAGGUUCUCUGGUGGGGUGAGGUAAACAACCGUUCUACAAGGCUUCUUGUUCAUUCCGCUUUCUCUCUCUAAUUUUGUCAUUAAUUUGAUCGGGAGACCCAAAGAGACGGGUUCAUUUCACUCAGUGUUUUUCACCAGAUCAUGCCCUACGACCCCGAUACUCCACCGGCGAAGAGAUUUAAGCCGGGGUCUCCUUUUUUCCGCCUUGACAAGAAGCCUGGAAUGCUGCUACCCAGAAAGGGAAAUGCAACUGUACCAAUAGACGUUCAGAGAAAACAUCUGCCAAUAUAUCAAGCAAAAUCUCAGCUUAUCAACCAGUUGAGACAACUACAUAACGCUGUACUAAUAGGCGAGACAGGAUCUGGCAAGACCACUCAGAUUCCACAGUACAUUUACGAAGCUGGCAUAGGGCGACAAGGCAUCGUGGCCAUAACUCAGCCUCGUCGUGUUGCAGCUAUAUCUCUGGCAGGAAGAGUUGCAGAAGAAAAGAAAAGUCAACUUGGAAAGCUGGUUGGCUACACAGUACGAUUUGAAGAUGUAACUUCUCCAGAAACCAAGCUGAAGUUUAUGACUGAUGGCAUGCUUCUCCGUGAAGCUAUCGGAGACCCUCUUCUAUUGCGGUACACGGUGGUGGUUCUGGAUGAAGCCCACGAGAGGACCGUCCACACGGAUGUGCUUUUCGGUGUGGUGAAGACUGCGCAGAAGAAGCGCCGUGAACAGAACAAGCACCCCUUGAAAGUCAUCGUGAUGUCUGCCACUAUGGACGUGGACCUGUUCUCCCAGUACUUCAACAAGUCGCCCGUGCUGUAUCUGGAGGGCAGACAGCACCCUAUCCAGAUUUACUACACCAAGCAGCCUCAGUCAGACUACCUCCAGGCUGCACUGGUCUCCAUAUUCCAGAUCCACCAGGAAGCACCUCCGUCCCAUGACAUCCUGGUGUUCCUGACAGGCCAGGAGGAGAUUGAGGCUCUCGCACGCACCUGCCGUGACAUCUCCAAACACCUUCCGGAGAGCUGUGGGCCCAUGUUGGUCAUUGCUCUGUAUGCCGCACUCCCUCCUGCCCAGCAACUCAGGGUCUUCCAGCCUGCCCCAAAGGGCUGCAGGAAAGUGAUCCUCUCCACUAACAUCGCUGAGACGUCCAUCACUAUAUCGGGGAUCAAGUUUGUCAUUGACACAGGAAUGGUGAAAGCAAAGCGGUACAAUCCAGACAGCGGUCUGGAGGUGCUAGCGGUGCAGCGGGUGUCCAAGGCCCAGGCCUGGCAGCGUGCGGGCCGAGCGGGCCGAGAGGACUCCGGCUCCGUUUACCGCCUCUAUACCGAGGACGAGUUCGACAAUCUCGCCAACAUGACCGUGCCUGAGAUCCAGAGAUGUAACCUUGCCAGUGUGAUGCUCCAGCUGUUGGCUCUGGGCAUUCCUGAUGUGCUCAAUUUUGAUUUUGUGUCAAAACCCUCCCCUGAGUCCUUGCGCAUGGCAGUCGAUCAGCUGGAACUUCUCGGGGCUGUGGAGCGAAAGGACGAGCAUGUGAUCCUGACCCCGCUGGGCAAGAAAAUGGCCAACUUCCCUCUGGAGCCCAGAUUCUCUAAGACCAUCCUGCUGUCCCCAGAGUUCUCCUGCACGGAGGAGGUGCUGACCAUCGUGUCCCUGCUCUCUGUGGACUCGGUGCUCUACAAUCCGCCUGCACGCAGGGAGGAAGUGCUCUCUGUGCGCAGGAAGUUCAUGUCCAGCGAGGGUGACCACAUGACACUGCUGCAUAUCUAUAGAGCGUUUAAGAAAGUCAGUGGAAACAAGGAGUGGUGUCGGGAAAACUUUGUCAACAGCAGGAACAUGGGGCUAGUCGCUGAAGUCCGUGCCCAGCUUCGGGACAUCUGCAUCAAGCUGGGGCUGAAGCUGGAGUCGUCUCAGUCUGACCUGAGCAACGUCCGCCGGUGCCUGGCCCACGGCCUCUUCACCAACGCAGCCGAGCUCCAGCCGGACGGCAGCUACGUGGCCCUGGACACCCACCAGACCGUGAGCAUCCACCCGUCCUCCGUCCUGUUCCAGGGCAAGCCGGCGUACGUGGUGUUCAACGAGCUCCUGCACACCUCGCGCUGCUACAUGAGGGAUCUGUGCCUGGUGGACGCAGAGUGGCUGCAGGACGCCGCCCCAGAGUACUUUCGCCGCAAACUCCGAGCCACCAAGAGCUAGUGUUCGCCACAGGAGGGCGCCAUAACCACAGUUUCAGCUAACCUCACCUAAAAAAAAAAACUGCUCUCUCAAUGCAAGUAAGAGAAGGAGAAGAGUGUACAUAGAAACACAGACUCAACUAAGCAUGAUGCAAUGGUUUUCCUCACUGGCUUUGCAAACAGCUGAAAAAAUAAUAGAUUUCAGAUUUUUUUUUCCUUGAAAAAAUGGCAUAAAACUGCAUCUGAAACGGUCACCUUUCCCCCCCUUUAGAUUCAAAUAGUAAUUUGCAGGGACAUGAACUUCUGCUUACCCUGUCACUGUUUAUUCAACACUUUAAAAACUGCUUUUGGAUUCUUCAGCUUAUCGCUGUCAGAAUACCCCUAAAGAGUCCUUACUGGGAACACCCUCAGUUUUGGAACUUUUGGAACCAACUUGAGCAUACUUUUACAGUCACCUGUAUUUCAAUUUUCACCUGUGAAGAACCAUUUUCACUUCCCCAAAGAAGCUUUUUCUUCUCGUUAGAAGGUCCUAGAAUAGGUUUUAUUUAGACCUCAGAACCUUCCUGCCUGAGGAACAUUUUUUUUCAAGCGCACGUUGAAUGAGAGAUUCCAUGUUGUAUUCUUUGGAAUGUUAGACGUUUAGCGUCAUCUUGGUCAUCAAAUGCAUGUGGCUGAGCACUAGAUAAAACAACAGAAGGUAUUGAGUACCAUAAAACAUUAUAACAGGACCUGUACAUACAGUAGAUAUGCUAUGCAUGUAAAAUAAAAAAUAUGGCCACUCAGGUUUUUUGAUACAUUAAAUUGAAUGUAUCAUAAAUUAAAGUUUAAUCACAAAGCUUUGAAAUUGGAAUAGUUUUUAGUUGUGGAGCUGAACAGUACAUUUUUGAUUAUGAAGAGCUUUUGAAAUUUGAAUUUGGUCUCUGCUGUAUUAAGAGGCAGUGCAACAUUCGUCAUGUUUCACUGCAUCUUCUCAUUGCCAAUGGACAGGAUGGCAGAAUUCGCAAGGACAUGGUUACAGAUGAGAAGUGUUUUAAGAUACAAAAGGUAAAAAGCAGAAUUGUAUAUGUAUAAUGUAGGAUGUUUUAAAUACCAAGAAAAGGAUAUGUUGUACUUUAUAUGGAGGGGAUUCACGUUGUGCUCUCUAAACUGCAAUGAUAUUUUGAGGAUUAGGCCUUCACGCACUUUGUGGAAGAUUUUCUAAGAGGAAGUGCAUGUUUGAAUUAUUCACAAUGUUGCCAUUAUUCUGAAUGUGUUAUUUAAACUCAAAAGAAUGUUUCUAAUUAAAACUUUGAUAAUGA